CCCAAGCCCCACAAGCGCACCCCGUCAAGGCAGCAACCAUCACUCCCCAAGUGUCCCAGGGACACCCUCAAGCUUGGCGUCUGCGCCGACUUGCUGGACGAUCUAGUGCACUUAGUGAUCGGCUCACCACCAAAAUUCCCAUGCUGCACCCUAAUCCAAGGCCUUGUUGACCUGGAAGCUGCUAUAUGCCUUUGCACUGCGGUGAAGGCCAGAGCCUUGGGUCUCAAGAUUGACCUCUCAGUUUCCCUCAGCUUGCUUUUGAACUACUGUGGAAAGAAGGUUCCUUCCGGCUUCCAAUGUGUAAAUGUUGACAUGAUUAUUGGGUUUGGAAAUCUUCUCAAAAUUCCACCAUCUUUUCAUCGUUUCAUUACAAUGCAAUGUAACAUAAUG